GCUGAAGCGUGAAUUUCCGAUCUGAAUGAAGUCAGAGGAAAUAUCCGGAUUAGCGGUGUGUAACACAAUACUUGCAGGACAUCCGUCUGCCGUUAGUUCAGCGAACAACGCAGGAACGCGACAGAAUGUUCUCCGGUGUAAAGACGUACAGGGGUCUACAAGAGUGAAAUCAAGUCCAGAGAACCAUGUCAUUCAGAUCAAUCCAGUCUGAAUCGUCGGUAGAUGAUGAUGACGAUGAAAAGGAAUAUUUUGGUUCAAAAGGAGAUCAAGAGGCAUUCAAAGAAAUGAUACACCAACAUACACUGAUCGAAGAGAACCAUGAUGAUGUAUUUGAUAGUCCUUCGCAGAUAAGAGAAUCAACAAGAGAAGAUAUCAUUCCAGCAAUAUCCGUUCUAGAUGCAGAUAUUGAGAGAGUAAAGGGUGUUUUAAUGACAAACACGAUAAAAAUGUGUAGCAGAGUGGAAGCUCCUAUGCGGCUGAAAGAGGUUCAUGUAGAGUAUGCCUGUAGAAUUGAAGACGGAAUUUCUGAUACUACUACACUAGAGUGGAUUCGUAAUAACAUUUCUCAAAGAGUAUGUUGUCUGCCUGUUAGAACAUAUCGGGAUAAGGAUAACAAUGACGUUUGCUUCUGCUACAAGAAAUGUGUUGAUCAUCAUGAUGUCAUUGGUGACACUAAAUCUCUGGUGUGGACAAAAGACAACAACACGACAACAGUGGCUACUGAUGCUUUUGGAGACGUCCGUGUUCAUGCAGACGACAAUUCAUUUGAGGGCAAACUAAAGUAUGUUCGAGUGGAUGAAGAAAUGACUAUGACGUUACUACAACAACUGUUGUUUGACAAAUGGCGUCUCAAUAAACCAGACUGGAUUCUGACUGUGAUGGGCGAGGUGUCUGCAAACAGCAAAGGACAAAAACAAUUCUGGACUUUACUGGCUGACACGAUUGGUCGGUUGUCUACGAAAAAGGGUGCGUGA